AUGCCGAUAGGUAAAAUUGAAGCAUUUUCGUUAAGUUCAAAACAGUGGACGGCAUAUAUACGCCGCGUUAAUCAAUAUAUUUUGCUGAAUGAAAUACGCGACGAGUUGAAGGUGCCUACUUUAAUAACGGUUGUUGGUGAAGAAACUUAUGCUUUAAUGUGCGAUUUGUGUGCGCCGGCUUUCCCAGAAGACAAGACGUACGAGCAAUUAGUACGGCUAGUGACAGAGCACUUGGAGCCGCAGCGCUCGGAGAUCGCGGAGCGACACGUGUUCCGGCUGCGACGUCAACGGCCCGGCGAGUCGCUCACCGACUAUUUACAAGCGCUGAAACAUCUCGCGGCCACCUGCAAUUUCGGCAAGUGCAACACAUGCUCGACCAUCGAGGAGAACUUACGCGACCAGUUCGUAUCAGGUCUGGCUAGUGAUGCGAUGCGUGCAAGAAUAUUUGCUGAAAAGAAGAUUCAGUACAAGGAGGCGGUGGAGCUCGCACUGGCACUCGAGGCAGCAGAACGGCAUGCUGAGGUCAGUGGCAGCACAGGAGCUUCGGUGACGGACUCAUCUCCAGCAGCGGCCGAUGGGAGCUCGGCCGAGGGGCUGCAUUACACGCGCCCGGGCAGCGGGGGACGCGGCGUGCGGGGCACGCAAUCUCUGCGGUCGGCCCAGGCGGGGAGUACGGCGGGAGGCUCGGCGAACGACGCGCCGAGCGGAACGGCAACAGGACCGAGCGGAGCGGCAACGGGGCCGAGCGGAGCGGCAACGAGUGUCCGCGCGUGUUGGCGUUGCGGGAAAGCUCACGCGGCGGCUGGGUGCCGAUUCAAAACAUACACUUGUGAUAAGUGCGGCCAGCGAGGCCAUAUUAAAGUGAUGUGUAAAGUGCGGGGCAGUGUUGGCCUACAGAAUUACGUGAGUGAGGAGUCGGACGACGGUCUAUAUGAGAUCGACGAAGACGAGGGUUUGUACGAGGUAGCAGCGAAAGGUACCAAACCAUACUUUAUUAAUUUAUUGAUCGAUAACAAGAUUUUGAAAUGUGAAAUAGACACCGGUAGUCGUAUCUCGGCGAUCGCGGAAGAGUGCUACCGUAGCAUGUUUUCGCAUAAAAAAAUUAAUAAAGAUAAUAUUUGUCUACGUUCGUACUCUGGUUCACGGAUUGAGUCUCUCGGUUACAUCGAGGUGAAUGUUAAGUUAGGGAAUAAGCAUUGUGACUCAUUGCAUUUGUAUGUUAUAAAAGGCGGCGCACGGCCGUUAUUAGGUCGAGAGUGGAUGCAGGCUUUAAAUUUAAAACAAAUAACACUCAAUGUAAUCCGAGACGACGAUUUUGUGAAUCAGUUAUGUAAAGAAUUUCCGGAAGUAUUUAGUGAUAAGCUAGGCACAUGCAAGCGGACCAUUCGAUUACAGCUCGUUGACAAGGAACCGGUUUAUUUGCGCGCGCGGCCACUACCGCUUGCGCUGCGGGCGCGGGUUGAGCGGGAGCUCGCUCGUCUUGAGGCGGACGGCGCCAUCUAUCGCGUCGAAUAUUCAGACUACGGCACGCCCAUUGUGCCGGUCGUUAAGAGUAACGGGGACAUAAGAAUUUGUGGGGAUUAUAAAAUGACAAUUAACCCCAAAUUAAAAAGAGAUUUUUAUCCGUUACCUCGUAUUGAGGAAUUGUUUGCGAGUCUGAGGGGAGGUGAAAAAUUUACAAAAAUUGAUUUAAGGCACGCUUAUGAGCAGUGUCUUCUUUCCGAGGACUCGCAGCCAUGCACCGCCAUCACCACGCACAUGGGGACUUUUGCGUAUCGACGCACUCCGUAUGGUCUGUCCUGUAUACCUGAGAAGUUUCAAAAAUUAAUGGAGGAGACAUUACGCGGGGUGGCGGGGUGUGUUGUAUUUUUAGAUGACAUAUGUGUAACGGGGUCGAAUCAAAGUGAACACAUAAGAAAUGUAAGAGCUGUACUCGAACGGUUACGCGACAUGGGACUUACAGUGAAGUUUGACAAAUGUAAAUUCUUGCAGGACAGUGUAAAAUAUUUGGGCUUUAUUAUUAACAAGGAUGGGCUGCGACCCGAUCCGGAGAAAUUGGAAUCCAUUUCCAGCGCACCCACACCGGAGAACGUCACUCAAUUAAAAAGUUUCUUAGGGUUAUUAAAUUAUUAUGGACGAUUUAUUUCGAAUUUAAGUACAAUUUUACAUCCUUUGCAUAAUCUGCUAAAAAAGGGGGUCGGCUGGAAGUGGGAUUCCGAAUGUAAAAAAGCCUUCAACGAGGCGAAGCGAUCACUUCUUAGCGAACGGGUACUGGCGCAUUACGAGGAGGGGCGGGAACUUGUAAUAUCCGUGGACAGCAGUGCGUAUGGGUUGGGCGCUGUGCUCGCGCACCGCUACGACGACGGCAGCGAGCGCCCCGUUAGCUGCGCCUCGCGCACGCUUAACGCGGCCGAGCGCAACUACAGCCAGCUCGAUAAAGAGGCGUUAGCUAUUUUAUUUGGCAUCACCAAACACCAUCAGUACCUUUUCGGGAGACGGUUCACGUUGCGCACCGAUCAUCAGCCCCUAACAUACAUUUUUGGAGGCAAGGGUAGUAUCCCCCAGACGGCCGCGAGUCGGCUGCAGCGUUGGGCGGCACGCUUGGCCGCAUACGAUUUUAAAGUCGAAUUCGUUCGAUCGGCGGACAACGGUCCGGCCGAUGCAUUGUCUCGCCUACCCUUGGCUAAGGAGGGUCGCUCCGUGGACUCGGUCGAUUAUUUAGACUUAGUAGAGGAUUCGGUACCCGUUGGUUAUAAGGACGUCGCUAGGGAGACCGAACGCGACGCGUUAUUAUGUAAAAUUAAGCGUUAUGUUAUGUUCGGCUGGCCGACGGCCCCGAGUUGCGAUGAGGAAAGACCUUAUUUUGCUAGGAAACAGGAUUUCGCAAUUGAACACGGCUGUUUGAUUUAUAAAUAUAGGAUUGUAAUUCCUACUGUCUUACAACAAAAAGUUUUGGAGGAAAUUCAUGAUGGCCACCUUGGUAUGAAUAAAAUGAAAUGCUUGUCUAGAAGUUAUGUGUACUGGGCCACCAUGGAUAGAGACAUAGAGGAGACGUGCAGGGCAAAAUGCACUCAAAAGUAA